UCGUCGCAACAUUGUGUCCCUCUCUGACUUCUCAAGUGAUUGCGACGCCCUCGUGAACGCGCAUUGAUCUCGCGCAGACCUCUGAUGACGAGCGCACAGAGGUGGCGAUGGGAUACAGAGAUCCUGCCAAGCAUCCAUGACACUGGGCUGCCGGAAAUGAAUAUAACUGACUCAUCUAUUGGCAGGACAUUGUGUGGGCCACGUCGUGAUGGUUUAAGGCUAAAACAAAGCUCAUGGUGGGCUAAAGUAUGAUCAGUAACCCUCUCGCUUUGAGCUCCCUCCACUGAGACUAUGAGGCAAGCAGUAACCGCCAGUCUGUCUGUGUGGGGCGAGAGGCGUUUUGGAUACUCCACCCUCAAGGACUCCAGCGAGUCGCUGCUGGACGAGCGCAAGCUUAGGCCUGGACUGAAAGAGGACUCUGUCAUCGAAGAGAAAGAGCGGGCUGAGAAUGAGCAAGAGCAGCUGGAGGCUGUGCUGGGACUUCCAUCCUCUCCUGUGGAGGACACCCACCAAACAGACAGCAUGGAGCCCUCAGACCCCACCCUAGACUGCAAGAAGGGUGGUGGGAUGGAAGCGUCUCUAGUGUGUGGUGGGAGGAAGGGUUCACUUGGUGCUCUGCCCAUGCAGCGCUGCAGUUCUCUGGGCACCACGGCUCCACAGUGGGUCCCUGAUUCUCAGGCACCAGCAUGCAUGAAAUGUGGAUCCAAAUUCUCCUUCACCAAAAGACGUCAUCACUGCAGAGCGUGUGGGAAGGUGUUUUGUGUGGUGUGCUGUGACCUCCGAUACAAACUGACUCAUCUCGGCGGGAAAGAGGGACGUGUCUGUGUCACCUGUCAUUCAACUUUGAUGAACCGGACGCUUCGCAAGGACCAGAAGAAGGUCUGGUUUGCAGAUAAUCUUCUUCCUCAGUCUGAGAGUAGAAGUGCCAACAGCUCUCCUCUUCACAGGAGUGUGUCCCACACAGAGAGGGCUGAGCUCGCUCAGGCCGAAGUAUCUGAGCUCAGAGCUGGAGAUGAAGUCAGCAGCAACUCUACAAAACCCACUCCACCAAAGGACCUUCCCCCUAUUCUGACCUCAACAGGGGUCAAAGGAGACUACACUCUGGAGGAGAAGAGAACAGAGUCGUCGCUCUUAGAGGAGCUGGAGAGAGGUCUUGCAGCGCCUCUGGUGUUUGUGCUGAACGCAAACCUGCUGGCCGUUGUGAAGAUUGUCAGCUAUGUGAACCGGCGGUGUUGGUGUGUGAUGUCGAAGGGCAUGCAUGCUGUGGGACAGCCAGAGGUGGUCAUUUUACUGCAGUGUUUGCCUGAAGAGAAGAGAUUCCCCACGGAUAUUUUCAAUCAUUUCAUUCAGAUCUACUGGGAUGCCCAGACAGCAGGAAAGCUUCUGAAUCACCUGAGUCACUCUUUGGUGUCCCGAGGGUUUCUGGGUAAUAACGAGCAUGCUGGAUUUCUUUACGUGCGUCCGACGUUUCAGUCUCUGGAGGGCCUGCCUUUGCCUGCGCCGCCCUUCCUGUUCGGGGUCCUCAUGCUCCGUGCAGAGGCUCCAUGGGCCAAAGCCUUUCCCUUGAGACUCAUGCUGCGUUUAGGAGCGGAGUACAGAUUCUAUCCCUGUCCCUUGUUCAGUGUGCGCUUCAGAGAGCCUCUCUUCGGACCCGUCAACAACAGUAUAAUGAGACUCUUAGUGGAUUUCCGUUUUUACCGUUACACACUGCCAACAGUGCCGGGGCUCGUGGUUGAUCUAGAGGCUAGAAGCACCUGUAUAAGAAUCCCUAAAACACGUCAUCCAGAGUUGCUGAAGGCGCUGAAUAAGUCUAAUGAGAGAGUGCUGGCCCUGGGCGCCUGCUUUAACGAGCAGGCCGACUCUCAUCUCAUUUGCGUGCAGACGGCAGAUGGACAGUACCAGACACAGGCCAUCAGCAUUCACAGCCAGCCACGCAGAGUCACUGGCUCGUGUUUUUUCGUGUUCAGUGGAGCGCUCAAACCUUCAUCAGGGUACUUGGCCAAGUCCAGCAUUGUGGAAGAUGGUUUGAUGGUCCAGGUAACCAUGGAGGCCUUGGCUGACUUACGUCGAUCUCUACGGGACAUGAAGGACUUCACAGUCACCUGUGGAAAACUCCCCCCAGCAGAGAGGCAGGAAUAUGUGCACAUUCAGUGGCAGGACGAAGAGCCGCGCUUCAAUAAAGGCAUCAUCAGCCCCAUCGACGGCAAGUCUAUGGAGUCUCUCACAAACAUCAAGACCCACCAGCGCUUAGAAUACAGAGCCAAUGGGAAGCUCAUACGCUGGACAGAGGUGUUUUUCUUGCUGAAAGAUCAACAUCCAAAUGGUGUUAAUAACCACAGCAGCCAGAACCGUCUGACAGAGCGUCUUGCGCGGGCGUUUUGUCUGGCACUGUGUCAGUCUCUGUGUUUGCUGAAGGAGGACGGCAUGACCAAACUGGCUCUUAGAGUCACCCUGGACGGCCAGAAGAUGGAGUUCUUGGCAGGCAGUAACGGGCAGCGCCUUCCAGCUCCGUACCAGGAAUGUCUUAACCAAUCAUUAACGUCCGUGGUGCAGAGUAACUCUCAGUACCAGGGUCUCGCCGCCUGCCAGCUGGAGCUCAUCUUCUAUAUCCUGGAGGACACAUCGUAGAGACGGACCAACCACUGUCAUGUGCCAACACUCCCAGAAACCUCACGAGCAAAACCUUUGGGUUCAGUAUCAUAUGAGAGUGGAGUGUAGUUUAGUCGAUACCCUACUGCUCACUGUGAAGGGUCUGGGGUUACAUCAUCAAAUGGAUUUAAAAAACUGCUAAUAUUUAUCUUUCAGUCAUGACUAGAUGUAUCAUUUUAGCUUAUCAGUCGACAGCACUAACAGCGCUUGGAACUAUUGAAUAAUGGCAAAAAUAAACACUUGUGGAAGCCCAUUUCUGCCUCAGAGUUAUAAAAAUAUAAUUCAUGGCAUUACUCAUAAUCGCAACUUCACACCUCGCUAUUGCGAUGAUUUCUCGUAAAACUUUAUAUCUCACAAUUUUUCACACAAAAUGCGUCCGUUUCUCUCAGUUGCACUUCUUAUCUCACGUGUGCAACUUUAUUUCUUAUUACAGCAUCAUAUUUCAAUAUUGUGACUAUUUCUCAUAAUUGUGAUUUUCUUAUAAUUCGUCACUUUUUAUUACAGUUAUUGUGAGUUUAUAUAUCACAGUUGCAGCUUUCUUGCAAUUGCGACUAUUUCUCAUAAUUGGAAGUUUAUAUCUCACAAUUGGCCCUUCGCAAAGACCCGCCUCCCUUACUAACUGUUGCUUUCUCAUGUUCUCACGCAGUGAAAAAUACAUCACAGAGCAAAGAAGACAGUGACAGUGCACCGACAGAUAAGACAGAGCAGGUUUACUUCUGCUAUGAAACAAAGUCUCAGCUUUCCAAUUUGGUCAUUUUGUAAGAAAUUCACACAAUGAAUGCCGUUUUGUUGCUCUUUAAUGUGACAUUAGUGUAGUUCAAGCAGCAUGUGAACCGAGCAUCUCUUUCUCGUUACUAAAUAUAGCGCAAAAUAAACAUGAAUGAACAUCAGAAGGUAUACUUGUUUCAACCACGGAAAGAUGUCAAUACACUGUUUUUCAAGUUAAAGUUUUCUGCAGUUAAAACAAGACACCUUCUAAUAUAUAUUUUUUUUGUUCAUAGUAAAUAUGAAAAGGCUCUGAGGGUCUAAAGCGAUCCAUGACGAUGCAAAAUUGCAUUUAUUGUUUGAAUUUCUUUAAAAAAAUGACAAAUUUAGAAAGCCGAGACUUGUCUGUUGGUGUGGCAAUGUAUUUUUCACUGUGUGAGAACAUGAGGUUUGGUGUGAGGGUGCCAUGGCUUGUCUUGUUGGACAUAGCAACAGUAACUAAGGUGGGCGGGUCUUUGCGAAGGGUCAAUUGCGACUUGCGAUAAUUCUUGUAAAAACCAUUUCUUAUAAUUACGACUUUGAAUCUCAUAAUUGCUCAUUUUUAUCACUAAUACUAUAUUUUCCACCAGAGUAAACAAUAACGUAAAACUGCAUUUCUUUUAACUGCAACCUCGUAUCUUGUUAUUUUUUGUCUAGUCUUUAUUUUUUACUCAUAAUUAUUUUAUUUCCACCUCGGAGCAGUGUUGUAACUGUCUUAAUUAUGACUAUAUCUCACAGUUGAAACAUUCUAGUAAUUUAAUAAUUUAAAUGUGACUUUAUUUCUUCGAAUCUAAACUUCACUUCUCGUAAUUGCAAUUACUUUAAGUGCAAAUUUGUGUCAAAAUUGGAACACCUAUGUAAUUGCAACCUUAUUUCUACCAAUUACGAUUAUUGUAUUACGAUUACUUUUCAUAUGAUUUCUUUCAUUUUCAUAACAGAGUCUGUACAAUACCUCAUUAUUAUAUUUUUUACCUAAUUGCUUAAAAACUCUUGAGGCAGAAAUAGGCUUCCAGAUCGAACCAAAGCCUCCAGUGGAGAAUGCUUGGUUUGUUGUGCUGUGUCUACACUAAAAACCAGAGCCAGGCACAAGACGAGGAUAUGAGUUUGAAUUCUUACACUAAAGUCAGUGCUGCGUUUCAGAGGGUUAGGUUAAAGUUACGCAUUCACAAGAACUGAAAUGUUAACGUUUUCAGUAUUCCGAUACCACAAAAGCCAUUAUCGGUCAACCUCUGGUGAUUGCCAAAGGCUCAUCUUUAACAAAUUGACGUAGCUAUCUGUAGUUUGUUCUCCUUCUCUAGACCUCGGCUCGGUCAGAAACAGGAUUUGAAACCUCGAGGCCUGAAACACGCAGACAAAUGAGGACCAAAGUGCAACAUGAAACCUGAUUCCAAAAUGAAUUGAGAUUUAUGAGCAUGACGUGAUAUUGGAGAGAGACUCCGUUUCUUCUAGUCUUCCACAUGUAGAACUCAUUGUAGCUUUGGCGAGCUCUGCUGUACUUCCUGAUAGAGGCGGGAGGAUGUUUUCCUUCUGAGUCACUGUACAAAUCCAUGCAACACCCUGUUCCCCAGCUUUCCUAGAGGAGUGCCCUGACCUCUGCCCUACAUUAACGCACACCUGCCUGGAAAAAAAGGCUCUAGGAAUUCAGCCAAACAAAGACGACGCUUGGAUAAACAGGAGAGAGAAUUAUACACACAGACUCUCAUGCAAUGUGAGCUCUAGGUCAUUUGUUCCUACGCCAUCUCCCUCACACACACUGCGUAGGAUGCUUGCUCAUCUGGUCUUCCUCUGUUGCUUUUCAGGAACUGAAUGGACUUUUUGUUUACACUCAACGUGCUGCACAUUCUUGAGAUGGCAAAUCCAGAUUAUGAAGGAGAAAUGCGGCAUGCACACACUUGAGUUUCCGACUGAACCCAAAACACAAGAAACGACAAGAGCGGAGAAGGAGAGUUACUCUUGCAUUCUUGUAAAUGAUUAAAAAGUAUUUUAAUAUGUUAGGCAU